AUGGGGAGGAUCGCUCAGGUAUCCAAGGUCAUAUCGGAAGGAGGGUACGACAAGAUAUUCCAGCAGACGUUCGAGUGCUUGCCUGAUGAGAAGCUCAAGAAGGCGUACGCGUGCUACCUCUCGACCUCUCAUGGUCCGAUAAUGGGCGUCUUGUACGUCUCCACCGCCAAGCUUGCAUUCUGUAGCGACAGCCCCGUGGCAUAUGUCACUGAGGAUAAUAAGACCGAGUCCGCCAUUUACAAGGUAUGUACCCGUCGUGAUGUGCAGUAG